CAGUUCCCUAAACGCCAAGGAACCUUGAGGUGGGAGUACCAGCCUGAGGAGGAGAGGAAUCCACCUGGGGCUACAGGAAACCAACAGACUCCAGGUGACACAUGGGAAGGGAAUGAAAAUGGAGGGGCCUCCCAGACCCUGAGGCCCAGGAGGAGCAGCUGGCUACAGACACCCUAGGUUCCCAGAGGAGCUGAGGAGGAACAGAGAGGAGGCUGGUGUUGGAAGCCCUGCUGCAUCCUGGGUUGCUCAGCCAUUUGACAGUUCUCCAGUUGAAUUUGAUUUGCUCUUUAGUGCUUGCCUGGAAAAGGGCUUGGCCUUGGCCCCUGUUCUCCUCAAAGAGGCUCAGGUAAGCUGGUGUCUCCCACGGGGGGCAGGGGACAGGCCUGCCUGUCCCCUGAGGCCACACUUGCACACUCGCCUGUGCAAUCACCAUGGGACUGGCCCAGCUCUGGGGUCUCUGAGCAAACACAGGGAGGGACCCAGGGCGCCUUGGAGAACAGCAGUCCUCUCUUGGGUCCUCCACCCUCCAAGAUGCCUGUGGGACCCACCCCUGUCCUUUGGAGCUGCCCUUCACCCCUCCAUGUUACCCCCCUGCUGACGCAGAACCCUGGCCACCCUGUCCUGUGGGGUCCCCGCAGGGUCUCCAUGGAGCCCAUCUCACCCUUCCCCCAGGAGUCUUGAGCCUCCCCCUGGGGGACAGGUGGCUGGAGCCAAGGGAACACUGUGGGGUGAUGUAGGGAGAGGCAGGUGCUGAAGGGUGCAGCCAGGCUGGGCCUCCUGUCUCAUUCCCCAGAGCCGCACAUCUCUGCCCCCCGCUUAGCUGCCAGUGAGACUGCAGUGUGCUCAGUGUGGCUGGGGGCUGGGCCCGCACCACACCGUGGUGCCCCACCUGCCAGCUGGCCUUGGGGCUGGGUUGGAUGCUAUUGGAGGCUGGGUAGAAGGAGAGGUGCAGACAGGCUGGACAGCCGUCCGCGCCAUCCUCUAGAGUAAACACCGUCCAGGGCAGCCUCUAGCCCAAGUGGGCCUGCGUCUAGCUCCACCUCCCGCUGACCCAGGGCCUGGCCCGGCCCUUCGCCCUGAAGAGGAGGAAACUCAAGCCCGGCCCCUCCCUCCAGUGGCGUCUGAGGGUCUCUGCCGGCCCAGCCUCCCACAAGGGGCCCUUCGGCCUCCCAGCCGCCCACCUCUGAUCCCAGGAGGAGUGAUGGAUGGCCAGCGUCAGCUCAGUUCCCGGGUGGCGUCGGAAGGGCCAGUGUCUCGCCUGCCUCCUGACAGCACUCAGCCCUGCCAGCCUCAGAGACAGACUCACACACAGUUGCCUCAGAGAGGCUCCUCAGGCCUUGGGGUGUCCUGCGGGGGGUGGCCCUCUGGCCUGCAGGGAAGGUUGGGGGACUAGAGGCAGGUUUAGGGGAGCUGGGGCACUGCUUGUGGAGAUGCUUUGCUGCAGAAAUGGGCUUCACUCAGCCUCGAACACCCCAGCCCCAGUGGGGCGGUCUCAGGGCUCUGUCUGGGCACAGGUAAGGGCGGGAGCCGCCAGGCCACACGCGUGACAUGCCUGUUUUGAAACUGAUGUUAUCACAGCUGAGCAACCUGUGAGUCACUGCCCCAGAGUAGGCUGCACCCCACGUUUUCCCAGACAAAGACCCUUUGUCCCCAAACCCUGUGUGCCUGCCCACCUGAACAACUGUCAGACUUGCAGGCAGACAGAGACGCCAAUGGCAUGGCCAGGCAGACAAGGCCCCAAGCCUGCCCUUCAGCCCACCCAGACCCAGCUCCAAGCCAGGCUGAGGGACCGCCGGCUGCAAGAGGCCCCGGACUGUGAGGUCCUGCUGGGUGGAACCUGAAGCCACGCAGAGCUGGGGUGGCCUGAAUGGGAGCCCAGAGGCAGCCGCCCAUGCCCACUAGGGAGCAGUGGCCUGGCCUCGCCACGGGCACUCUGCUCGGCUCCUGGCCACAGCCCCGUGUGAGGCCAGCACAGAGGGCACAGACAGAACCUCGCUGCCCCCAGAGCUGCCCCAGGACAGGGCCCAGGAGCCCCUGCAGCCUCCACCAGCACCUCACCCAGUCGUGGCCUUCACAGGAAACCAGCUCGAGGUCCUGGGCCCACCAGCCAACUCCCUGACCACGACCACAGCCACUUCUUUUUUAAGUUUUUGUUUUCUGCUCCCUAACUAGCGACAAAGAAUCCUUUAGUUUUGCUUUGUGCUGUGUUUUGGGUGAGGUCUCGCUCAUGCUGCUCAGGCUGGCCUCAAACUCCCGAGCUCAAGUUCUCCUCCUGUCUCAGCCUCUCGAAUAGCAGGUCUGCAAGUGUGCAGCACUGAGCCCCGCUCUACCACAGCCCUUUGAGGUGGAUGACUGGUGAGCCAGGCUCUGGCCCUGCACACUGCCCUGAGGUUGCUCUGUAGGGGCCUGGUGGUUCUGGCUCCUUGAAGAAGCCCUGGUCCUGGGGCAGAAACCACCCCCCACAGACACACAUACGUAUACCACCCACAUGGACACAGGACUCGGCAGGAUGCUGGCUCCUGACGGCACCGUCACGGACCUUCAGCUACCAGCACAGGUGCCUGGGUACACACAGGGGAGAGGUGUGCAGGCCCUCAGAGCGCCCCCCACACUAGGCUGCUCUUGGUCCUCAGCCCAGGUGACAUGAGUGAGGACAAGGUCCGAGUCUGAAGGCUGGGAGUGCCCCAACUUGACCGGGCUGCAGGGACCAGGCCAGCACAGGCUCCCUUUGCACCCUGGGACCACGGCAGAUGGCACUUCUGUCUGCUACUGGCAAAGCCACCUACACCCAACAGGUGGCCCUGGCUGCAGCCUGGCCCUUAGCCUGGCCGAGAGCCCCGCCCUGCCCAGCUCUGCCAUUCCUGGCCCCUGCCUGCCCCCAAAAGGACAUUGCAGCCACGCUCAAUAACAGGUCCACGCUCCUGUUUGUGUCCAAACCCAGGACAGUGCACCAAGGGUGUGUAUGGGAUGGGGAGGGGGUGACAGAUGCUGGCCCAACGCUGAAUUCAGCACAGUCACAGCACCCCGGGUUCAGGAAGGGCUCAGCCCACACCUCUGCAAGGCGGAGGUGCGGCCCAAUCAUUCCUCCAGGUCAACCAGGAGUCCUGACCCUGGCUCUCACCGCCCCAGCCCCAGCCUGGCAGGUAGCAGGGUCAGACUGAGGCUCUGGGAAGUCAGCCUGGUGGUGGGGUCAGCAAGACCAGCCAGUGCCUCCUGCUGUUCCAGGGCAGGCUCAGGGUCAGGGGUCAGACCGAGGCCAUCCAGCACUGCCCAGGGCCAGCUGCUCUGGCUCUGGCCCCAGCUGAGGCUGAGAAGCCGUCUUAUGCCUAGGCCCCUUCGUAGUCCAGCCCCCAAACAGGGGAGUCCAGGAGGAAAGAACUGCCUUUGCUUGGAUUCCUCCUACCCAUGGGACCCCAGCCAGCCCCACACCCAGAGGGCACAGUACGGAUGCCUUCGGCCCACUGACCGGAUGGUGUUCAGGCCAGGUGCCGACAGGUGAUUCUUGUCCACCUCAGGACGCCAGAGCCACACAGUCUGGCUGGGUGCAGCUGGAGGCUGGGCCUCCUGUGUGCUUGGGGCCUGGGCCUGGACCCUCCUGCCUCUGGCACCCACCCCGCCUGGCAACCAACCCCUUGCUGCUGGGCCUCAAGCCACAUUCCAGGGGAAUUGCAGCUAAGUGGCUAAUGACCCCCAAAGGGAAGGGGUGGGGAAAGAGGAGGCAGAGGACGCAGGUAGUCAGGCGCCGAGAUGCAGGCCCACCCGUCCUGGCCACCUGCCCGGGCCUGGCCUGCAGCUGCCCCACCCACCGCGUCUCUCCUCUCUCAUCUCCCUGUCGGGCUCCGGGGCCUCUGUCCAGCCUGUUUGCAUCUCAGUCGUCUCAGUCCUCAGUGCAGAGGAGGGGUGGAGAACUGGCUGCCAUGCAGAGUUAGGAGACCCCUCGGAUGUGGGCCUGGAGGGUCUGUGGGCGCCGGACCCCAGCCCCAGUCCCUGAGAGGGAGCCACCACUGGGAAGCAGGCAGAGGAGAAGCCCUGGAGACCCCGAUGCCAGCAGGGCACCCAUGGCCCCAGGAGUCCCGUGUCCUGGGGCUCUGCACACCAGUGUCCUGCCACCCUCCCCUCCCCUGCCCUGGCGCCUCGGGGGCCAUGAGCUUGGCAUCUUCAGGACAGACCCUGGAAAGUCGCCUCAGCGUGGCGGCCAUUUGCCCUCUGUGGUGAACACUGACCAGUGUGCCCAUGGCUGGGGCUACAGAGGGCGACCCCAGGCCUACAGGCUGGCCAUGCCUGGUGAGGGUGCUGAGAGGGAAGGGGUCCCCAGGCCUGGCCUUCGCAUCUGGCCUGGGCCCUGUGCCCAGUAACCGGAGAGCCGCAGUAACUGGAAAGUGAGAGCAGCGGCAGGCAACCUGAGGGAAGCCGGCCCCUUGGGGCUGCAGUGCUCCACGCCAGCCUGCUGGGCCCUGAUUAGAGGGGCUGGUGGUGGCAGCUGCAGGGAAGCACAGAGCCCUCCAGAUGCCACCACGGUUCCCGGGAGAGUGGGAGCGGCAAGGUGGGCAGGGCUUCCCGGCACAGAUCAGACUCCACUGGCGCCACCACGUGCCUGGCUGGGCCCGCCCCACGCCCCAUGCCCAGGCAGACCAGGGUCCCGUGGAGCGACGGCCCUUAGACUGCACCCACGGCCUUACCUCUUUGGGCACCCCGGGGUGGGGAGGUGGUUUCCCACCCAGUCCUGGGGAUAGGAGCACCGGGGUCUACUGGGCCCCCACCUCAUCUGUGGGACGGUCAGAGGCCACGAGCCCACUGCCACCUGCGAGGGCAUGGGUGCCAGUGCAGAGGGCAUCUCAGCAGCCAGGCUCAGGCAGGGACACCCUGAGACAGUUUACAUUCUUUGCUAUGGGUUUGCUGAGGACAAAAUGGAGUAGGCAUGUGGCCCCAAAGGGCUCAAACCCACAGGACAUGAAGCCAGCGGCUUGGCAUGGCUCCAGGGCCACAGGGCUGCUCAGCCCACGCCCCACAUCCACAGCCACCAUGCACAAGGUGACAAGACGCAGGCAUCUGCUGGCAGUGUCUUCCCACCAAGCCCGGGCGCUGGGUAGAUCUGGGCUCACAAAUGGCCUCCAGCUUGGCACGGUGCCUGUGGCUGGCAUGAGGGCAACGCCUGGAUCCCUUCUGCCCCCAGCAGGCCCUCCCAGCGCUCCUUGCUCACCUGGCCCUUCCACAUCGUACCAUCCUCCCCCCAGCCUAAGGACAAUGGGUCUUGGGGAGCCACAGCCUGCUCCCCUCCAAGGCUGGACAGGCAGGCAGGGACCCAUAGGGACAUCUGUCCUUGUCCUCCUGGUAAACACAGCUAUAAGAAAGAGCUCCCUGAAGCUCGGCCGUCCAUCCGCCCAUGUGCCCCAUGGACAUGCCCUUCUGCGCCCCAAAACCCGUCCCAGACAUCAGCUGCCCAGCACCCCCCCCCCAACGCAAUGACCAGGCAGCACCCAUG